CGUCUGACCGAAAGCGGGACUGUGAAUCGAAGAGGCGGUACCGUGUCACAAAAGGAUGGCUGCUAUUAAGACCUUAAACCCUAAAGCCGAGGUUGCUAGAGCAGCCCAAGCUCUUGCCAUCAAUAUUUCGGGGGCCAGAGGCAUACAGGAUGUGCUACGAACAAAUCUGGGACCCAAGGGGACGAUGAAAAUGUUGGUGUCUGGUGCUGGUGAUAUAAAGAUUACGAAAGAUGGAAAUAUUCUCCUCCAUGAAAUGCAAAUCCAGCAUCCUACAGCAAGUAUGAUUGCAAAAGCAUGUACUGCCCAAGAUGACAUUAUUGGAGAUGGCACUACAUCCACAGUACUGUUGAUUGGUGAAUUAUUAAAACAGGCUGAUAUUCAAAUUCAAGAUGGACUGCAUCCAAGGCUUAUAGCAGAGGGCUUUGAUCUGGCUAAGGUAAAAGCACAAGAAGUCCUUGACCAAGUUAAAAUCUCUGGCAACCUUGACCGUGAACGUUUAUGUCAGGUUGCUCGCACUGCUCUUCGUACUAAAGUUCAGUCAGACCUUGCUGAUAAACUUACAGAAGUAUGUGUUGAUGCAGUUUUAUCCAUAAAGAAAGAAGGGGAAUCUCUUGAUCUGCAUAUGGUUGAAGUCAUGGAAAUGCAGCACAAAACUGACAUGGAUACUCAGUUGGUGAAAGGAUUAGUUUUAGAUCAUGGCAGCCGACAUCCUGAUAUGCCUAAAAGAGCAACAAAUGCAUAUAUAUUAACCUGCAAUGUAUCAAUGGAAUAUGAAAAGACAGAAGUCAACAGUGGAUUUUUCUACAAGUCUGCCGGUGAACGUGACAAGCUUGUUGCGGCAGAAAGGGAAUUCAUUGAAAACAGAGUGAAGAAAGUUAUUGACUUGAAAAAGAAAGUUUGUGAUGGAACUGAUAAGAUGUUUGUCGUUAUCAAUCAGAAGGGCAUUGACCCUAUGUCCCUUGAUAUGUUAGCAAAGGAAGGUAUCAUUGGCCUUCGAAGAGCCAAACGACGUAACAUGGAGAGGCUGGCUCUAGCUUGUGGAGGAAUGGCAAUGAACAGCUUUGAUGAUCUGGAUGAAAGCUGUUUAGGCUAUGCUGGAGCUGUAUAUGAACAUGUUCUGGGUGAAACUAAGUACACCUUUGUUGAAGAAUUGAAGCAUCCUCAGAGUGUAACGGUCCUUAUAAAAGGACCUUUUAAACAUACACUAGUCCAAACAAAAGAUGCAGUGCGGGAUGGUCUAAGGGCUAUAAAAAAUGCUCUGGAUGAUGAAUCCUUAAUCCCAGGUGCUGGUGCUUUUGAGGUGGCUGCAUAUGAUGCCCUCAUCAAGUAUGAAAGUGAUGUGAAAGGUCGUGCUCGAUAUGGAGUUCGUGCAUUUGCUGAUGCACUGUUGGUUAUUCCAAAGACACUUGCAUCAAAUAGUGGAUAUGAUCCCAUGGAUAGCUUGGUGAAACUUAGGGAGGAAUACAAAAAUGGUGGUGGCAUUCCUGUUGGUCUGGAUAUUAAUAGUGGAGAAGCUUUAAAUCCAUGUGAUGUUGGAAUAUAUGAUAAUUACUGUGUCAAGAAGCAUAUGUUGGAUGCAUGCUCUGUUAUUGCUCGCAACUUGUUAAUAGUUGAUGAAAUUAUGCGAGCUGGUUUGUCACAGCUGAAAUAAGUGAAUAAGUUACAGCCAUAACAAAGAAAGCACCUAACCAGACUCCAGCAGUGGUCAUUUACUUACACGCAGCAAAGUCACCUUUAAUUAUAAGCCUAACUGUUUUGCUUUCAUAAUUUUUUUUCUAAUAAAUUAUUAAUAAUUA